AUGAGGACUGCACCAUGUAAUUUAAACCGAAAUAUAUUGUAUUUAGAUUUAGUAAUUGAGAAGAUUGUGAUUGUACCAAGUCAUGAAUUCGAGGCAUGGACUUCUUGGUACCACGAGCAAAAUCGUUUGAACAAUGAUUUCGUGUUAUAUUUUGAGCGGGCAAUUAGUAGACCAAGGUCUCAAAGAGCUUUAAUGAAUGAAGCAGUCUUAGCUUCCAAAUCUAAACCGGCUACGCUAUCGUCGGUUGAGGCCUUGGAGGAGGUGAAGCUCGUAAGUUCCGACGUUCCGACGGAGUUGUGUACAAUUUGUCAAGAAGACUCGUUGGUCGGAACCAAUGUCCGGCGAAUGCCUUGUUCUCAUAUGUUCCAUAAAGAGUGCAUUAUGAAGUGGUUGAAGGGGAGUCAUAUAUGUCCUUUGUGUCGCUUCAUGUUGCCCAAAGACUAG